CUUGCUUACUUCUCAACUGACGUUUGAUGGCGUCCACUCCAAAUUUAUAUGUUGACAGAUAGGCAUUCAGUUUUCAGGUUACGAAAAUGUGCGUACCGUAAUUAUAUUUAAUUUGUUCAACACCACGUGUUCUUCAUUAAAUAUCAUUCGAAGUAGGUGAACAAUGUCGGAUAUUGAAUGGUCCGCACGUCCACUGGAUCAGGGACUGAUCCUGAUUCCUCACAUGGAAGAGGUGAUAGAGCACCCGUUGAAUCCAAUUACAAUCACUGUAAGAUCUAAUCAAAAGAAUAUGAUAGACGGUCGUGCAGGGUUCAGGCGUGGAACAAUACGUAGUUCAAGUACAGGAUCCUCGACUGGAACCCCAACUCCAACACAUGCUCCAACACCAGUUACAAAUCUGUUCUCAGAUUCACUUUUAGGUCACUCUUCUUUUGAUGGCUCUGAUCCUCUCUCGCAAUUUGCUCGCCAGGAUUUAGAUCCCUUAUCAAAGAUGGCAGCGGAUGAGUGGGAUUAUUCAGCAAAUGCUACAUCCGUGGGCAAAAAGUCCAAAGAUGUUUCUGAGGAUCUGACCGAGCCUUGGCAAGCGCGUAGAUCUGCAAUCCUCAUGAAAUAUACAACAUCAGAAAAGUUGUCUAUCGUAACGAGCUUUUUACCUGGAGGAGAAAAGGUGGUUGUCAAAGUCCAACCUAGUGGAACCAUGGUCGAUAAAGUUAGGACCAGACUGGAGCAGUUGGAUGAUUUUGAGGAGGGAUCUGUCAGACAAAUGCUUGAUCUAACGCAACAGGAAUACGCAGCUCGUAUCGAGCUACUGAACAAUGAGCUUGUUCAAGCAUGGCACUCAGACCAGAGAGUCAAAGCGUUGAAGAUCGGAAUUCAGUGUGCAAAACUGCUUGGGGAUACAGCAGCAAUCGCUUUUUAUCCCAGUAAGUUUGUUCUGAUCACAGAUAUUCUCGAUAUUUUUGGUAAACUUGUCUAUGAAAGACUUAAGAUGAAAGCUGAAUAUUACAAGCCUGGCAGUAAGGUGGUUACUAGUUUACCUGAUAACUUCACCCCAGAAAUGAUACCUGAAAGUGCCAAAGAAACUUGUAGAAAUUGGUUUUACAAGAUCGCAUCAAUAAGAGAACUUGUACCUCGACUGUAUGUUGAAAUGGCAAUAAUAAAGUCAUACAGUUUCUUAACGACUAGUGAAUUCAGCACAGCUUUGUUACGCAUAACACGUAUGAUUCGAGGAAUCGGAAAUCCUCUGAUAGCAGUUUAUGCGAGAUGUUAUCUGUGCCGAGUUGGCUUGGCCUUAAAUCAGCCAACAGACUUGGGAUUUGUCAAAGAGAAUUUUUACGAUUUUCUGUCAACUUAUGGUCAAUUAUUUAGUCCGAUGUUAAAAGCUGAUUUGAAUAAACAAAAUAUGCAGAUCUCAUCAUAUCUAAGUCUCUAUACACCCGCGUUAGAUUGGAUAUUACAAGUCAUGGCUGCUUCAGCUCCUGACACUCUCUUGAUGGAAGUACUUGUUCGCUGCAAGCAGCAAACAAACAGCGGACUACUUUUGAAUACAAUCCUAUCCGCAUUCAAGCCAACUUACAUAGCUGGCCGACCAAUGGAAUUUGUCAAUCUAAUCACAGCUUGCAACGAAGAAGGAUUUCCCCAGUACCUUUUAUAUCGAAGGCUUGGUCAAUGUCUUAUUCAGGAAUCUCUGUCAAAAGAUGAUUGCAGGCCUGUCCUCAGCGCUGUCUGGCAGUAUAUAGUGAGUUUGAAAGAUCCUGUCAAGUUUAUGCAAUGCGCUGAGAUCUGGAUUCACUUCACCGUUAUCCAUUUUUCUGGAACUGAAGUCAACCUAUUCUUAGGGGAAAUCAUUAGUCACCUGACUCCCAAUCGAGCGUUUGAACAACAUUACUCUCAAAUGCAAAGUAUUGUUGAAAGAGUAGUCGCGAAUACUCAGGAUUUUGAGUCCUUGCUGACCAUGGAAAAUUUUCUUCCACUAAUUGAUCUUUUCCACAAAGAAAGUAUAAAAGUAGAAGUCUGUAAAACAGUGAUCGAAGGGCUUGGCUCGCAAGGCGGCUUGAUAACUGACCCAAUUGUUAUCAAUGCUCUCAUGUUUCUCGCCCGAAUAAUGCACGACUCCGUCAGCGCGCUAACGGUUGAUGAUGAAAAACGACAAAUUGGUAAUUUGAUAUGCGGGCUUAUUCAGCGAGUUGAUUAUGGCAGAGAUUUUGAAAAGCAGCUAAAUUUUUAUGCGGAAGCCAGAGCUGCAUUUCCAAAUCUGGAUUCAGUUCAUGUACAACUCGUGCAAUGUGUCAAUAGACUCUCGGUUGACACUAGAAAAAUAGUCCGUGGUCAUCACACUAGACGUACUUCGGCAUUCGUAAGAGCUUGUGCCGCAUUUUGCUUCAUCACCAUUCCAUCCACAACUCUGGUGCAUACGCGUCUACAAUUAUACCUUUUGUCAGGGCAAGUUGCUCUCUUGAAUCAGUGCCUAGGCCAAGCUGAUGCUUGUUUCAAAGCAGCCCUCAGUUUAGUGCCAGAAAUGCCAAAGACUAUUGAAAUCGAUGGGAGACAGAAGAGUUCUGAACCAUAUUUACUAUCUUACCUAUCCAAUUUUUUGUCGACGCUGCUCGUUGUGCCGGACAGCCCUGAACAUGGAGUAUUAUAUUUAAUGAGAGGACUUUUAAAUGCAGUUCAACGAUGUUUUGAAACCAAUUCUUCAAGUAAAUCAUAUCUCUAUCUACGAGUUCUUGAUCUUUUAUCUACGGUGACGCAAGAAAAUUAUCCCUAUCAUGUGGACAAGGUUGAAUCAAAUGAUACACUUUAUGGUUCGGAUAAAAAAUUCAUCAACGAGGUGAACAAGAUAUGCUCAAAAGUUUUGGAGGAAAUAUUAAGUCAUUUGAAGUAUCUCGGCUCUAGCGAUCAGGGUAGUAAACAAUCAGCUCUUGCGCUGGAAUUAUUUGCCCAUUUAAUCAUACGAGCAGAUUUAAAACAGCCCGCAUUAGCAACAAUUGCUGUUAAUUUAUGGAAACUGUCUCAAAAACAUGGCUCAGCAGAUCCAAAAUUAUCGGCUCGUACGAUAGAAUACAUGAGGCAUAAGGGUCAGCAUGGAUCAUUCGACCAUUUUCCAGAACUACUUUCAAGAAUGGCACACACAUAACGUAUUGAAAAGCUCAUGUGAACGAAAGGUAGGGUCUGAAUUCCCAUGUACUGCAUGAAAGAUACAGGGCGAGCUAUGUAUAUACGUGAACAUGUAAACCGAUCAAUCCUAUAGAAUGCUCUUCAAAGUGUUGGAGUGUAAAUAAUAAAGUGAAAAAUCAAAGAACUUUUCACAUCAAUGGAUAAAAGCAA